AUGAAAUGCAUACUUUUGAAGGUGCCUUACGUAAUGGGUUGGUGUUACGAAGAGAGCGUACCAGAAUUUCUCUUCCAAUCAAAUGUAUGUGUCCUUGACAUCGACACGGGGCGAAUGGAGUUUCCCGAAGACCUUCCAUCAUUUCCAGGAGCCAAACAAUUGUGUCAGGAGAUUAAGUCGGCAAUCUAUAGGUAUUCAUCAUGGGAGGAUAUGUCGCCCUCCACCGUUGUCGGUUCAACACCUUCAUUGAAUAGCUCUCCAGCUGUUGUACCUAGCCGUACAACCAGUGAUCGCAGAACAGAUGAGUGGUCAGCAAAACGAAUGAGUCGAUCGUUUGAUCGAGACGAUGCUAUCGACGAGGCUAUUAGUAAGGUUGCUGAAAUUGCGCGACGUGCUGGCGUUGUCAUAGAUGUACAAAACUUAGAGCAAGAGAUUUCAUGUAGAGGUCAGUAUCUUGACUCACCGGACUGCAAACAGUAUUUUCAGAAUGCUAGGCUCAAUAACGCUGUUAGGGAAUGUGUCUUGAACAGAAUUGUAUGCAUGCUGUAUUCAUAUGAACAUUUCGUCGUUGGUGGCCAAGGGUGUUCAGAUCGAGAGGCAUAUGAUAACAGUAGAGAAAGUCUAGUAUGUUUUGACAAAGCCUCCUUUUUAUCUGAUCAGCCUGACAGUCACUUAGCUUUCCUUGCAGCUUUUUUGGAAACACAGAUGUUUACCUCUUUGAUUGAUGCAAAAAUACUCUCACAAUGGGAAACACCGGAUGAAAACCUUGUGCUUUUCGAUUCUCGGAUUGCGAUGAUGCGUGAGAAACACGGUCUGUCAAUGGUUCGUACACCUACGUAUGAGUCAACACCACCUUUUGCGCAUACUGAAGAAUUGAUAUCGAAACGAGAAGAAAUGUUGGAUUAUGUUGUCCCGGGCCCACACGAGCUCGAAGGUGCUGUGGUGAUGAGUUAUAAUGGUAUUUGGCCAGAACAGAUAAAUACAGCUCUUCUUGAGGGCGCAAUGGGACUUAGCCCUGCGCCUAGCCCUUGGAAGCAACGCUACCCUCAUUUGCGUCCAAAACAACAGGAAGUUGCCAGUAUUGCUGGACGUCCUGUCAGUACCUGUGGCACUACUGGUCUAGUAGGUGAUUCACCUGCCCUAGUUGCUCAGCAGCAAGUGAAAUUUGUCGACCAACUGUUGCGUGAAACUAAGGGGAAAACAAAGCGCAUGCUUGUGGACAAAAUGGGAAAGGAAGCAGUGCAGUUGGGUCAUUUCGAUGCUAGUAUAACUGGAGUUGAAGAGAACACACUUGUUGCUUCUUUCUGUGAUCUUCUGGAGAGAAUUUGGGCUCACGGUCUCAUCAAAAAGCAGGGGAAGUCAUCCUUGUGGAAUUUUGUCUUGCAACACCAGGAUUUAGAGAAAACUUGUCUCUCAACUCGGGCAAUGUCAUCUUCUAUGCUUACUCCAGUGACAGGUGGUGGUCGGCGAUGUACAAUCAAGCGAACACCGUCACUUCCGCAUUGUGAAGUUCCUGCCCCAGUGAUAAUCCAGCCUGCGAAUGAAAAUGAUUUCACGGAUGCUUUAUCGGAGAUCGUAGAGACAAUCCAACGAGAACUUGGGUCUGGUGAUGGUGAAGGUGUCCCAGUAUGGUCACGAUCAAUUCUGCGUGCUGCUAAUUUCCUUGCUGAUAAAUUGACAAACACGCCAAAAGGACUCCAAGCAGUGCCCUCUGCAACUUUCACUCCAAAUCGACGGACGGAGGCUCAAUCAAUGCUGAAGAAGUCAAGUUCUGUGGGCGACUUCUCAAAUCCCAGCUGGAAUGAUGAGGUCAGAACCAAUGCAGUAAUCACAGAGUCUCCUCGCAAACGAUCGCAAAGUCGGCCACGAAGUCCUGAAACGGGUGCACGGGUGUUGUUGGCACCUUUACCUACUCACGUCGCUUAUGAUCUUAAGAAUGUCCUACGAAUGACGGAAAUCAAAACCGACAUUGGAUACGCUCGUGCGUUUGUUCGUCUUGCGCUUGAGCGAAAACUACUACAUAGACAUCUCGCGACCUUACUGGAAAACAAGAAACUGUUAAGUUAUCAGUUUCCUCAUGCUAGUCCUAAUUCAAUGGUCUUUAAUAACCUCCCUUAUUUUCCUUGCUUUGUUGGAUCCCUUAUCAAGAAUCGAGUCCACAUUAAGAUGUUUUCCAGUGAGCUAUACAAUCCAUACGCAUUCGUACGUUGUGAAGAUGAACGUGAGCAAUUUCUUUACCACAUUUUGUCUCUCAACGCUGCUCAAUUCCGCUGCUUUACUAAUACUUUUAACAAGACCAGUAUGUUUUUAAAACAUUUCAAUAGAUAUGAAAUGCUUAUUUUAUUUUAUUGUGUAGCUAAGAUGGACUACCAGGUGGUGAUUGUGACUGGAAAUUGGAGAGGUUCACUUCCACCUGUGUGGGUCACGGUUGGGGGCAGCUUAUGCAGCAGUCCUCAAAUCAAUCUGCCGGCUAAUACUCCACUGUUCAAGUUUGAUGUGGGGGUUUUCGCUUCUUUCACACUCACUAUGCGUGCUAAAGAUCUGAGAACAGAGCUCAUUCUCUUGCAGCAUAAAAAUCUUGGUGUUCUAUCAACACUGCGAAUAGGUCAUGCACUUGGUCAUGAAAAACCUCCGAAGUGGUACUUGGAAUAUGUAAUCGUUCGUAACGAGGUCACAGGGCAAAUGUACCGGUUUCCUUGCGGUCGUUGGUUUGGUUUGGGCGUAGAAGAUAGUCGUUGGUUUGGAAACGCAUGUGAUGCUAGUCUCGAAAGGUUGUUAUUGCUUUUUCUUUCCAUGUCAUUUGCUUUUAUAUCUGCUACUUUGAAAGGCUUUUGGUGGCGGAACCUGUAUGUGACGACGGUAAUGCUGACUUCACGUUUGGUGCUUCGUCAAAUUCACCUGCUAGAGGAGCUAGAAGAGGUCGUAUGUCGUCGCGUAGUCAAACUCCUCAGCGGGAGCGUAGUCCAUCACAAAGUCGAUCAUACGAGACUACACCAAACCGCAGUAAGUCAAAGAAGUAAGCGUGCAUUACUCCAGCAGAACUUUUAA